AUGAUUUUCAAGUACAUCCAAGAGCCGACCCUGGAUGCCCUGCUUCGCUCCCGAGACGCUCUAAUUUACUUUAAUCGAUGCAUAGACCAAAUGGGAUGGAGGCUUCCGCCAAGGACCGCCAAGAACUGGUGGCUGUAUUACCUUUGGACCCUCGUAGUCCUCAUCUUCGUCUUUAUCUUCAUUCCCUAUGGCCUGAUAAUGACCGGGAUAAAGGAGUUCAAGAACUUUACGACCACGGACCUUUUCACUUACGUCCAGGUUCCGGUUAACACGAAUGCCUCCAUCAUGAAGAGUAUUAUCGUGCUGUUUAUGCGGGCCAGGUUCGCCAAGGCCCAGAAGAUGAUGGAUGUCAUGGACAGCCGCUGCAUCAAGAUGGAGGAGAAGAACCAGGUGCAUCGGGCGGCAGCCCUGUGCAACCGCGUCGUGAUCAUCUACCACGGUAUAUACUUCGGAUACCUAACCAUUGCGGUGAUCGGAGCACUGAUCAUACGGAAGUCCCCGUUCUGCGUGUACAAUCCUCUGGUAAACGCCAACGACCAUUUCUACGUGGCCAUUACGAUUGAGGCAGUCACCAUGGCGGGCAUUAUAAUGGCAAACCUCAUUUUAGACGUCUAUCCGAUCAUUUAUGUGGUCGUCUUGAGGGCCCAUAUGGGGCUACUGAGCAAAAGGAUCGAGGAGCUGAGAUCGGAUGCGAAUAAGGACGAGGAUCAGCACUAUGCGGAGCUAGUGGAGUGCGUGAAGGACCACAAGCUGAUUGUUGAGUACGGAAAUACCCUGCGACCCUUGAUUUCGGCCACCAUGUUCAUCCAGUUGCUAUCCGUGGGACUCCUUCUAGGCCUAGCUGCGGUGUCCAUGCAGUUCUACAACACCACCAUGGAGCGCUUGGUAUCGGGAACCUACACCGUGGCCAUUCUGUCCCAGACCUUUCCCUUUUGCUAUGUCUGCGAGCAGGUGAGCAGUGACUGCGACUCCCUGACCAACACAUUAUUCCAUUCCCGCUGGCUUGGGGCAGAGCGACGAUAUAGAACCACGAUGCUGUACUUUAUACACAAUGCCCAACAGUCGAUUCUGUUCACGGCCGGCGGCAUAUUCCCCAUUUGCUUGAACACCAACAUAAAGAUGGCUAAGUUUGCUUUUUCGGUGGUAACCAUUGUAAACGAAAUGGAUUUGGCCGAGAAAUUGAGACGGGAAUAG